CAUCUCCCCGCUGCUUAGCCGCCCACUACUCCGGCCCCGAACCCACACCCGGGCGGAAGGUGCCUGGCCGCGAGCGCCCACUAACGGGUGUCUUCCGGGCUUCUCUGGGAGUUGUAGUUUGCUUGUGUCCGACGGCGCGCUCGCGCAAGCGCAGAGGGGCCGAAGGAACUACACUGUCCAGGAACCUUUGGGUCCGCGGGCGGAGCGGCGGCGGCAGUGGCGGGUGGUUUGUAAGUGCAGUAGCACCUUCUCCGGCUCUGGCUUGAGAGGCCUGAGGGGCGCGGGCCUGUGAGCUGGACUUCUUGUGGGGAGGAACUUAAGGAGCUGGUGUUGGAAAUUAAUAACUGUUCCAUCUUUUACAUUAUUUAAAUAUAGUACUGUCAUUGGACCAAAAUGUUUCUGAUGCCAGCCUCUUCAGAGUUAAACAGUGGGCAGAACUUCUUAACCCAGUGGAUGGCGAAUCCUUCUCGGGCUGGGGUCAUAUUAAAUCGUGGAUUUCCUAUUUUAGAAGCAGAGGAAGAGAAGCCAGCAAAUGUGAACUUUUCUACCAGCUUUCCUGUUAAAGCCACACAAUUUUCAAAUAGUUUCAGCUUUAUAAGGGAAGAAGAUUCACUUCAUGAAGAACAGAAAUUGGAGCCUAACAGCCCGUUCAAGUUACAGUCAGAUAAAUCUGAACCACAGAGAGUCUUUCCUUUAACUAAAGAGGGGCCACAGAUAGUGGCACGUCAGGAUGCUCCUGGACAAUGGGAAGAUAGCAAAAAUGAGUUUAUUGCAGAUCUUUUAAGUGAAUUCAAAGAAGUGCCUUAUAAAGACCCACUUGUUAAAAAGCUUGAACAGCUGAAAGAAGAGCAACAGAAGAAGCAGGAGCAGCUGAAGAAGCGGCAGCUUGAGCAGCUGCAGAGGCUCAUGGGUGAGCAGGAGGAGCUACUCGCCUUGGUGUCUGGGCAGCAGACACUCCCAGGUUUAACUCCACUGCCUGAUGACCAGAGCCAGAAAAAGUACAAACCUCUGGGAAAUUCAACCACUGUAGAGAAAACCACGCCCUUCUUGCCAUCAUAUAUCUACCAGAAUCAAAGCCAAGAAAAAAAACACCCUUCUAACAUUUUAUCCAGUGAACAAAAUGACUUCUCUAGAACUGCUCAUCAGGAUUUUGUUUUAACUUCAAGAAGUGGUGCUUCUCCCAGUGUGUUUUAUGAGGCAGAGUGUCAGGAAGCACUUGUGGAAAAAAAUGAUUUGAAGGAAGAAAAUGAUAACUCUUCUAAAGGAGAAGGUAUCUUACCAUGUUUGGAGAAAAUGACAGAACAGAUUCAGGAAGGGAACGAUACGAACUUAAAAAAAAUUGGUGAUUCCUCAGAAGUGGUUAAUAUUGAAGAAAGGCCUAUUAAAGCUGCUAUUAGAGAAAGAAAACAAACUUUUGAAGACUACUUAGAGGAACAGAUUCGGUUGGAAGAACUAGAACUGCAACAAAAACAGCUAAAGGAAGCAGAAGGAUCUUUGCUUAUCAAAGCAAAACCAAAACAACCAUUCUUAAAACGAGGAGAAGGUUUAGCCAGAUUUACUAAUGCUAAAUCUAAGUUUCGGAAGGGGAGAGAAAGUAACCUAGUCACCACUCAGAGCAUUUCAGAGGACCAGCCUGUGUUUAAAUCAGAUAAACAACAAUUCCAGCGGAAAACUGCUCUUAUAAAUAAAGAAAUCUGUACAGAGAACCUUCCUGUUAAAAAGAACAGUAAAGUCAGAACCAAGUAUGGUUCGCUCACACUCAGUCAGAAGCCAAAAGUGCUUAAGAGUAAUAGUAGGAAAAGUCUCUCUCCAUCAGGAUUGAAAAUGCCAGCCGGGAAGAAAUGUGAUGGGCAAUUCAGAAAGCAGAUCAGUUUAGGAAAAAAAGUGGAAUCUAAUAAUAAAGAAAAUGUACCUGAGUGUACAAAACCUUUCGAUGUUGGUUGCACAAUCUGGAAUAAGGCACGCAGUAAAGACAGACUUCCCAUUUCCACAGGACUCAUCAGCUGUAUGGCUUCUCAGAGCCCAGCAAGUGAAACUUUGAAAGGGUCAGAAUCUUCUCUUGAUGUUUCUCUUCGGAAAAAGUUAGAGAAUUGGGAACAAGAAAAGGAAAAGGAAAAUUUGGAAUUAGAUGAAUUUUUGUUUUUAGAACAAGCUGCUGAUGAAAUAUCAUUUUCUAGUAACUCCUCAUUUGUGCUGAAGAUCUUAGAGAGGGACCGGCAUAACUGCAGAGGUCGCCGGCUGUCUUCUACCCCUGUUAAAGGUGUGCGGGAAGAGAAGACAGCAACACUGGGUUCUUUUAGUCAGCAUAACCAAAACGAGGAUCCGGACCAUGCCCAGUGUGGAAGCAAGGCUGAGUGCGAGGUUGCUCCCAGACAACUUGAUUCAGUGUUCUCACCGGGAGGAUUGUGGGCGCCGUCCUGUGAAGUCAAGAGGAGAAUGUUCCAAACGAACCCUCCUGAAAGGCAGACCAGGUGGAGUGCAGGCGAUGGUGAAGGUGUUACAGACAGUGAUCAUAGCACUGAUUUGGAGGAACAGCUUGACGUUACUAUAAAGCCGUCAUCUGAGGGUAAGGAAAGGAGUUCCAGCAGCAGAGAAGAUAGUCCACAAGUCUGUGAUGGUAAGGGACCUUUUCGGGACAUCACGACUCAAGAGGAAGAGAAAAGGAGAGAUGUUGAUUUAGAUUUGUCUGAUAAGGAUUAUAGCAGUGAUGAUUCUCUCAUAAUAGAAAGCUUGAAAAAUAAAGUUUCUCAUUCCUCCAGAAGACACUCAUCUAUAAGUGUGAAUAAAAUUGACUUUGAUGAUGAAAGAACUUGGACUGACCUUGAAGAUAAUUCAUUUAAACAUGAUGGUGUUCUUGGGAAUGAAGCCAUUUAUGGGACUCCCCAGACAACCUGCCCUAACAAGAGUGAAAUGUGUGUACUGGACAAAACGAUAAAAAGGAAGGUCAUGCCAGUCAAGAAGGGAGAAGACUUGGGCAAAUCCAGUAGGGACCCAAGCCCUCCUCCUACCUCAGAUCUGAUGAUAGAAUUCUUUCCUUCUCUGAAAUCGAAGUCAAAGUCACACUCACGCUCGAAAAAUGAUCCCAAGUUAAACACAAGUCAAGACCACCCACCUGGUGGCAAUGCUCGAUCUCAAAUUUUGAGAGAGAAAAUUACUGAAUUGGAAACGGAAAUAGAAAAAUUUAAAGCUGAGAACGCAUCUUUAGCUAAACUUCGCAUUGAACGAGAAAGUGCCUUGGAAAAACUCAGGAAAGAAACUGCUGACUUUGAACAACAGAAAGCCAAAGAAUUGGCUCGAAUAGAGGAGUUUAAAAAGGAAGAAAUGAGGAAAUUACAAAAGGAACGCAAAGUUUUUGAAAAGUAUUCUACAGUUGCAAGAACUUUUCCAGAUAAAAAGGAACGUGAAGAAAUACAAGCUUUGAAGCGGCAGGUGUCUGAUUUACAGGAAGAUCUGAAAAGAAAGGAAGCAAAGUGGUCCAGUACACAAGGCCGUCUUAGAAGCCAGAUAGAAAUGUUGGUCAGAGAGAACACAGACCUCCGGGAGGAAAUAAAAGUGAUGGAAAGGUUCCGACUGGAUGCCUGGAAGAAAGCAGAAGCCACAGAGAGCAGCACCAGGAUGGGUCAGUGUGUGACCGCCUCAAAGAAAGACGGGUUCUUGAAUUCAUCAGUUCGAUUUCAAAAGAGUCAGAUUUCUUCAGGAACCCAGGUAGAAAAGUACAAAAAAAAUUAUUUGCCAACACAAGGCAAUCCAUCUCAAAGAUCCAAGUCUGAGCCUCGUGAUUUACGCAGCUCAGAGAAGGGACAGACGGCCUCACCCAGGGAGCUGCCUGAACCAGUGAACUUUUCAGAUCCUGAUUAUAAAGAGGAGGAUGAAAAAGAGGAAAUUCAGGGAGAAAUCAGCCAUCCUGAUGGAAAGAUAGAGAAGGUUUAUAAGAACGGGUGCCAUGUUGUAUUGUUUCCAAAUGGAACGCGAAAGGAAGUGAGUGCAGAUGGGGAGACCGUCACUGUCACUUUCUUCAACGGUGAUAUCAAGCAGGUCAUGCCAGACGGGAGAGUGAUCUACUACUAUGCAGCCACACAGACUGCCCACACCACGUUCCCAGAGGGGCUGGAAGUUCUACAUUUCUCUAAUGGCCAGAUAGAAAAACAUUUCCCAGAUGGAAGAAAAGAAAUCACAUUUCCUGACCAGACUAUCAAAAACUUGUUUGCUGAUGGACAAGAAGAGAGCAUUUUCCCAGAUGGUACAGUUGUCAGGGUACAACGAGAUGGCAACAAAAUCAUAGAGUUUAACAAUGGCCAAAGAGAACUGCAUACGGCCCAGUUCAAGAGACGGGAGUAUCCAGACGGCACUGUGAAAACUGUGUACACAAACGGGCAUCAGGAGACCAAGUACACAUCUGGUCGAGUAAGAAUGAAAGACAAGGACGGUAAUGUUCUCAUGGACACAAAACUGUCAUGAAACUUGUGUGACUCAUCAUGAAAUGACGCUAACUUGAUUUUCUCGUUAAAAAGAAAUGUACAUUUCUUGUGGAUUCUGUGGUUUAAUUUAUAUUCUCUGUGUGUGUGUGUCUGUGUGUAUAUAUAAAUAAAUAGAAAAGACUCUGGAGUA